GUCAUGACGUCACUCGGGCGCCCUGGCUCUCUUGAGCCGCUGCUGGUACUGCUGGCAAAAAAAGAUGGGAAAAUGAGACAGGCUAUCUAUGGAGUUAUUAACAUAAAAUGACGGGUUUUGCAGCCGAAUGCCGUUUGCCAGAAGAUUCAUUGGUGACACCGGUUUGAGGUCCACCAGACAACCGAGAAAAGGAUUCAGGACGUUAAUCAUCACACUGGAUAGCCCCAGAAGGAGGGAAGACUGUCUCUGAAAGUGGAGUGCUCUGGACAUCUCUUUUUAUCAUGAACAUUGUGCCCACCAUCUCCACUUGAAGCAGGACCACCAAGAAAUAUUCACAUAACUGGUGAAAGUGACAAAACACAAAACCAGCUACCAGACUAAACACCGAUUGUCGAGGUCACAUUUCCAUUUUGUCGUCAGCUCCAUUCUUCUAUCUAGCAGAAGAUGUACGGUAGCGCUCGCUCUGUCAGCAGAGGGGAUGCCAACCAUAGCGGAGGAAGAGAUGGAGGUAGCACCGGUAACCAGGGAUCGGGCCGUUCCCCUCGCCUCCCGCGUUCUCCUCGGAUGGGGCACCGUCGCACCAACAGCACAGGAGGCAGCGGAGGCGGUCCCGGAGGAUCUGGAGGCAAGACGUUAUCGAUGGAGAACAUCCAGUCGCUCAAUGCUGCAUAUGCCACCUCAGGACCGAUGUACCUCAGUGACAAUGAGGUCGCCUUGGCAGGUGACCACAUUCCCAAAAGCGGUGGGACGAUGACGACAAUGGGAAGGCAAAGGGUGACAUAUGGGUCGAGGAGCAGCAACAGUGGAGUUGUGGCCGCUAGCACACCCAACAUCUCCACCUCGGUGCCUGCCAAUGCCGUGCUGCCAGCGGGCAUGAUGGCAGGUGAUGCACUAGCUUUUGGGGACCACCACAUGGCUUCCACUGUGCCCCAUUCUCUGAGGCAGGCCAGAGACAACACCAUACUUGACCUACAGGCCCAGCUAAAAGAGGUUCUGCGUGAGAACGAGCUGCUGCGGCGAGAAGUGGAAGUUAAGGAGAGCAAGCUUAGCUCCUCGAUGAAUUCCAUCAAGACCUUCUGGAGCCCCGAACUGAAAAAGGAGCGAGCUCUUAGAAAAGAUGAGGUGUCUAAGAUCACCGUCUGGAAAGAACAAUAUCGUGUUAUUCAAGAUGAAGCACAGCAUCUCCAGAUGACCGUUCAGGCUCUUCAGGAUGAGAUGAGGAUCCAGAGAGACCUCAACCAGCUCCUUCAGCAAGAUCCCAGCAGCCAGAGCCGGGACCUGGCGCUGUCCUCCGAGCCCACAGAGGAGAACUACAGGCGGCUCCAGGCCGAGCACGAGCGGCAGGCCAAAGAGCUUUUCCUCCUCAGAAAGACCCUGGAGGAAAUGGAGCUGAGGAUCGACACGCAGAAGCAAACGCUGGGAGCCCGGGACGAGUCCAUCAAGAAGCUGCUGGAGAUGCUGCAGAGCAAAGGGCCGUCUGCCAAGGCAUCAGAGGAGGACCAGGAGCGGACUAGGAGACUGGCUGAUGCAGAGAUGCACAGGCAUCACCUCGAGAGUUUACUGGACCAGAGAGAGCGAGAGAUCAAUGCACUAAGAGAAGAGCUUCAUCGUCGAUAUGAAGGAACCCCAGAGUCGACCAAAACCAAGGCUCUGCAGACCGUCAUCGACAUGAAGGAUGCAAAAAUCAUCUCGAUGGACCGGAACCUGAGAGACAUGGAGGAGGAGCUGCUGAUGAUGAAAUCCAAUGGACUGCUCAGCUGUGAGGAGCGUCAGGAGGAGAUGAAGCAGAUGGAAGUGUACCGCAGCCACACCAAGUUCAUGAAGAACAAGAUGGAGCAGGUGAAGCAGGACCUCUCCAGAAAGGAUGCUGAGCUUCUUGGUUUGCAGACCAAACUGGAGACACUCAACAACCAGUUCUCAGACAGCAAGCAGCACAUCGAAGUCCUCAAGGAGUCCCUCACUGCCAAGGAGCAGCGAGCCGCCAUCUUACAAACAGAGGUGGAUGCCUUGCGCCUACGCUUGGAGGAGAAGGAGGCAACUUUGAACAAGAAAAGCAAGCAGAUACAAGAAAUGUCCGAAGAGAAGGGCACACUGAACGGGGAGAUCCACGACCUGAAGGACAUGCUGGAGGUCAAGGAGCGCAAAGUGAACGUGCUUCAGAAGAAGAUUGAGAACCUGCAGGAGCAGCUGAGGGACAAAGAGAAGCAGAUGAGCAGCCUGAAGGAGAGAGUGAAGUCUUUGCAGGCAGACACGUCCAACACUGACACAGCUCUCACCACUCUGGAGGAGUCUCUGGCAGAAAAGGAGCGCAUCAUCGAACGUCUAAAGGAGCAGCGGGACAGAGACGACCGCGAGAAGACGGAGGAGCUCGACUGCAACAAAAAGGAGCUGAAAGAGUUGAAGGAGAGGCUGAGCUUACUGCAGGGAGACCUGUCAGACAGAGAGACGUCUCUGUUGGACCUUAAGGAGCAUGCAUCUUCCCUGGCCUCCUCUGGGCUCAAGAAGGACUCCAAGCUCAAGAGCAUGGAGAUCAAUUUGGAGCAGAAGAAGGAGGAGUGCCUCAAACUGGAGAACCAUCUGAAGAGAGCUCAAAAUGCAGCCCUGGAGGCUCAGGCAAACACAGAGCUGGCUGAGCGCAUUAAGAAUCUGGAACAGGAAGUGGUUCGCCACAGGGAGGACUCUGGGAAGGCUCAGGCCGAGGUGGACCGCCUGCUGGAGAUCCUUCGGGAAAUGGAGAACGAGAAGAACGACAAGGACAAAAAGAUCAACGAGCUGGAGAGCUUGUCCUCCAGGCAGAUGAAGGACCAGUCGAAGAAGGUGGCGUCUCUGAAGCACAAGGAGCAGGUGGAGAAGAGUAGGAACGCUCGACUCAUGGACGAGGCCAGGAAGAGGGAGGACAACAUGUCUGAGAGCUCCACGCAGGUGAAGGACACUCUGCGUCUGAAGUCUGAGCGCAUAGAAGAGCUGGAGGAGGCCCUGAGAGAGAGCGUGCAGAUCACAGCAGAGCGAGAGAUGGUACUAGCUCAAGAGGAGGCUGCCCGGUGCCUCCAGGAGAAGCAGAAGCACUCACUCAAACCAAUGCAUGAGUCCAACCUCGCCCUCUUAAAGUUGUCCAAGAUGGAGGAGCUGCUGGGGGCCAUGGAGAAGGUGAAGCAGGAGCUAGAGUCCAUGAGGGCUAAGCUGGCCUCCACCCAGCAGUCUCUGUGUGAGAAAGAGGCACACCUCUCCACCCUGCGGGCUGAGCGCAGGAAACACCUGGAGGAGGUGCUGGAGAUGAAACAGGAGGCGCUGUUGGCCGCUAUCAGCGAGAAGGACGCUAACAUUGCCCUGCUGGAGCUGUCCUCCUCUAAAAAGAAGAAGACCCAGGAUGAGGUGGCUCUGCUGAAGCGGGAGAAGGACAGACUUGUACAGCAGCUGAAGCAGCAGACUCAAAACAGAAUGAAACUGAUGGCAGACAACUAUGAGGACGACCAUCUGAAGACAGCCCCCGACCACACAAAUCACAAACCCUCUCCGGAUCAGAUGAUCGCCCCUCUUCUAGCCCUCUCCCAGAACCGCAGCAAGCUAAAGCUUUACAUUGCCCACCUGACAGACCUCUGCCACGACCGGGACCCCAGCAUCCUCAGCCAGCUCACGCCCCCUUCUCACUACCACCAAAACGACCCCGAAGACUGGGAGGAGGAGGUCCAGAAGAUGAGUGUAGAGCAGUUGGAGCGUGAACUUGAGGUGUGCGAGAAGGAGAGCGGCGAGCUGCAGGAGUACGCCAACUCUGUUCUCCAGCAGAUCGCCGAUUACUGCCCGGACAUCUUGGAGCAGGUGGUCAACGCCCUGGAGGAGUCAUGCUGACAACUCUGAACCUCAGACACAACCGGGGCUGAGCCCUGGUCUCUACACGGACCUGUAGCUGAGCCCAGGAAGCCCCUACCUCCACUCGAUGACGAUGCUCUUGGAAGGAUAAGAGGACUUUUAUCAGACCCUACUGAGCUUCUCUGCCUCGCUCCUUUUUGUCCAUUCUGAAACAAAAACCCCUCGGACUCUAAAGUGCUUUCCUGUGUCAUUCAUCUCUGAUGUUGAGCUUGCAAAAAAAAAAAAUUACAGAUGUGCUCAUUUCAGACAGGAACCGGGCAUACAAGAGGUUCAUGAAAAAGCCAGCUUAGAAACUCUAAAGCUGACUGAUUUAGCAUUUGUGAACUCUCCAAAUUGGAUUUCUUGUUCGUAGUAAAGUAAAAUAAAGUCUGGGACAGGUGCAUUAGAGGAGAGAGAGAGAGAGAGGGAAUUCAGAUAAAAAGAACCAAACUUCAGCACAAAGUCUUUGAGUAUACUGCCAUGCUUCCUCUCCCUAGAGGUCCUCACUCACUGCAGGAAGUGUAAGAUCAAGCACAGUUACCUCACUAACCUUUUAUCUCAGUCUCUGACCCCUUUAGUCUCUUCUCUCGCAGGUCUUUCAAGUGGAAACGGAAAACAGGAAGAAGCUUAUUCCUACACAGGGCGGGAAAGCACUUUUUUCAGUCAUAGAACCCAGGAGCACAGAGGGUAAAUCAUGAAGCCAUGUAGAGAUGCUUGCUGGUAUUUUAGGUAGCGUUCCACAACUAGGUGGCUUGAGUCACAGCUACUGGUGGCAGAUGGUGUGAACUCUUAAAACCAAAUAAAUGCAGCGUUUUGUGUAAAUGUUUUCCUCUCCCAGGUCAAGGCUGUAGUCAGGAUUAGGUGGUAGGUACGUCUUUACUGUGUCCUGUGUGGCUAAGAGAGGGAUCGAGGUCAUGACCUUGGAUCAAAAAGUCAGCUUUUAGUUACACUUGUUCUCAAAUGUGAGAGAGAGAGAGAGAGAGAGAGAGAAAACAGCUUUUAUUCUUGAUGACGUAUUAAUUUUUAGAUGGUUUUGCACAUGACGUCCACUUGUUUAUGAGGUAUGCAAUGUUUCAUUUUGAGAGCGUUCUAAGUGGCCUUGGAGCAUUCACAGAGAUAAGUACUGGACCUAUCACAGGGAUGUGGAUUUCUCUGUCAUACUGGUGCUAAGGCAUGAUGUUAAGGACUUUUAAUCUGAUCCGCUGAUCAUUCGGUUACAUCCAAAGUUUCUUAUAGGUGUUACUUUUUUAAGCCCACCUGACCUUUUAGUUUGUUGACUCAAUCUUAAAAAAAAAACAACUAGUAACUCCUUGUGGUUGUUUUUUUUUCUUGUCUUUUUUCAGAUCACUGAAAAAUAGCCAAGUUAUGCCUCUUGUUUUUUGUGAAAUCUUCAGGGCUGAGGUUUUUAAGUACUAAGUGCAACUACGUUAACAGGAAAUUUAAAGUCACUUUUGUGCGGAUUUUGACUUUUUAAAUCAGUUUGUAAAUAACGGGAUAUUUAACACGUACAGUGACUGAAUAAAGGUGAUUACGUGGAAGGUGUUGUGCAUUCUUUAAAAAAAAAAGAAAAGUUAAAAGCAGUGCAGUUGUCUUUUGUGUCUAAUUUUGUCUGCAGGACAAAAUGUGUGCGUGUGUGUGUGUGUGACAAUACUGCCAUAACUUGCAGAAAGUCAUGUUCUAUAGAGAUAUAUAUAUAUAAAAAUAUAAUACAUAUAUAUGAAAAUGUUUACUGUAUGGAUAUGCAUUGAAUGUUUGCACAGAAUCUCGAGGAGCACGCUGCUCUGAACAAAAAUGGCCGUGGAGUUCGUGUCCUCAGCACAAACUGAGCAGAGAAGUGUCAAAAAUCUUGUGUCAAAAAUAACGUGUGAACUACAAAAUGUUUUCAAACCGUGACUGUGUGAUGGGAGAGUACAGUUCUUGCAUUUAUUUCUAAUAGUCAUUUUUUAAUAUUGUUUUCACCACAUGGUGAUGUAAAUGUAUUAUCCUCCUGACAUUUCAGUGUUGUCUUUUCUUCUUUCAUAUGUCAAUGGUUUGUUUUUUUUGUUGAUGUCAAUGGCAGCCUGAUGGAUAAAAAAAAAUAGGUCUCCAACUCUUAUGGCUCUUCUGCCGUUCCAUCACAACAGAGUAAAACAAAACAGUGACAAACUGCGUCAGGGAGUGCUCUAACAAGUCUCCUUUGGGGGUUUAAUUUAGAUUAAUGCGUGGUUGGAGUAACAUUGGUUUUAAAAUGAAAACAAAACACAGACCUGUUUCCAGAAGAUGUUAGUUGGAUGCUUUUUUUUGUGCUUGUUGUCUUUCAAACUUCUCAGUGAAGAUUAAUUUCUGUGUCCCUUUUAAACCCCCAAAACUCACACAGUUCGGUUCAAAAGAAAAAGUGUUUUGUUCCCCUUACUUUGGCCUGUGUUCUCCCGCCCUCGCCUUAAUGUCUCGUCAUCUCCUUUCACCACCUUAUUGAGGAACACAGAGCCGAUUCAGGGGCUUCUGUCAACUUCAUGCUAUUAAGUUUCUUUUUGUUUUGAAUUGGUAUGAGAAAUGUACUGCCUUCUGUCUGUUCGUGUUAAGAAUCAUAUUGUGUAAAAAAAGAAAGCUAAAACAGACAUGUUUGUGAGUUAUUUGGAUUUUGUAUGAAUGUAAAUAAAUAAAUUAUAAGCCUU